GACUCCUGGACCCUACACUCCACAGCCUCCGGACUACUACGACACGAACACCUCACUGAGCAUGUCCGCGAGGCGUCUCUGUACCAGGAUGAGAGCAACAUGUCCGCCACCGAAGCCGCCACCGCCUCCCUGCAGAGGAGGAGCCUGAUGAGGUUGGGGCGAGGCCGGCUGGGUGAAGACGACUCUGAUGUGGAUAUUGAAGGAUUUGAAGAAGACGAUGAUGGAAAACCAAAGACCCCGGCCCCUGAGGUGGAGGACGUGGACGGAGAUCUGGGGGAGGAGGAGGACAAUGCGGUGCAGCAGACGCAGGCCAGUGUCCUGUAUGAAGAUCUGUUGAUGUCGGAUGGUGAAGAUGAUGAUGGAAGUGAUGAGGAAGGAGAUAACCCCUUCUCAUCCAUCCAGCUGAGUGAGAGCGGCAGCGACUCGGACAUCGAAUCCGGAGGAAUCCGACCCAAACAGCCUCACAUGAUGCAGGAGAACACCAGGAUGGGGAUGAGAGAACGAUGAAAGUAUGAUGUCCUAUGGGGAGGGGAUGGAGACCUCCCAGGGAAUGGAGGACAGCAACAUGAGUUAUGGAAGUUAUGAAGAACCGGAUCCGAAAUCCAACACCCGGGACACCAGCUACAGCAGCAUUGGAGGGUACGGGUUGUCAGAGGAUGAAGAUGAGGAGGAAGAGCGCCUCGGCCCCAACGUGCUGCGCCAGGUGCAGCUGUCUGAGGAUGAGGAUAGCGAGGAGGACUUCGGAUCUCUUCAUGGAGACAGCGACAGUGACAACGAGUAG